UUUAAUGGUGUAGUGUGUUUAUGUUUAUUAAAAGACUCCUUACUUCUAUUCCUUCAUCGUGUGCCCUUGACUAAAACCACGCACCGUGACAGAAUACGAGACCUCAAAAAAGAAAAGAAAUGGACUCACCAGCAUUACAUCUCCUCCUCAGACCAGAAAGCCGAAGGUGGCUGGAAUAUUUGGGCUGGAUGCUCCAGAACGGCGGCCUCUCCCUUAAAGUCAGCGAGCCCGAGACACCAACAGGGCUCAUCCAGGAACCAGAGCCGGAGUCCACCAAAGCCGAGGAGACUAAGCACGCUGAUCAGUCCACUGUAAAGCCAGGAGCAGACAUGAACCUCAUAGAUCUGUGGUCUGUGGAUCCAGUUCCCACCCAAGUACCCACCCUCAAACCUUUGUCUUCUUCGCCGGUCCCGUCCGGAUUGUUAGAGGCUCCGGUCCCGUCCGGAGAUCUUCCUCCUCCGAUGUCUCUAUCAGAUUUCCUGGUCCCAUCUCCUCCGCUGGUUUCAGCCAGUCCCCAGGAUUCGUCGGCCCCACUGGUGUCGUCCAGCUCCUCGGCUCUGCCUCCGCCGCUAGCUCAGUGCGGCUCAUCAGCAUCGCCUCAGGCUUCCCCUCCACCAGCUCGGUAUGGCGCCGAGUCCCCGGCUUCACUUCGGCCCUCCAGGCCCAUGUCUCCACCUCGGCCUGUCAGCCCGCCGACUCCGCUCCGGCUCUGCAUUCCUUCGGCUCCACCGAGGCUCGUCUGCCCUAGGACUCCUCUUUAAUCACCUUCAUUUGUUCCCACCUGUGUCAUAUUAAUCAUCUCGUUUGCUCCUUAGUUUGCCUUCCUUAAAAACCCUCAGUUUCCAUGUCAUCUUGGUCUCGUAUUAACGUUGCUUUAAUGGUGUAGUGUGUUUGUUUAUUAAAAGACUCCUUACUUCUACUCCUUCAUCGUGUGCCCUUGACU